UAUCGUUAUUCGCCAUUGCUAGGCCAUCGACAUAUUCGAUUGCUUCGCUUGUUACCAAGUCGGAAUCAGGAUGCGCCUCUUCAUUCCCAGCUUUUUGAUUAUCCUAUGUUGGAGCUAGGCGAUGGAUCGCACAUGUACGAGGCAUUGUCAUAUGUGUGGGGGAGUUCGGAGAGGCCUCAUACUCUCUAUAUUGAUGAGAGGAGUAUGCCCAUCACAGCAAACCUCUACGAGGUACUCUUGCGUCUUCGAGACAAAAUGAUUGAGCGGAUAUUAUGGAUAGACGCUGUUUGCAUCGACCAGACCAGCAUCGAAGAGCGAGGAGAGCAAAUUCAGUACAUGGCAGAGAUCUAUUCUAAAGCAAAUCGCGUAAUCGUGUGGCUGGGUGAAGAAGCCGACAACAGCGAUCAAGCCUUCAAGAAUAUACGAGCGGCUGCAGAUGAGGAACACAAACAGACAUUCAAUAAAGAAACGGAUCGGCAGGCAAUUCUCGCUAUACUUGAGCGACCAUGGUUUCGGCGAAUAUGGGUUCUUCAAGAAGUUGCUGCUGCUCAACAUAUUGUCAUGAUGUGUGGCUCCAUGAGAAUUGAUGGAUACGCUUUCUGCUUAGGUUUACCAUCGCUUCUCCGGUACGAAGAUAUCCCGAGUCAUAUACGAUCAGUAACCUAUCUUAUGAGAGGCUGUAUAUUUAGACCAAAGUAUAGGGUGAACUCAAUGGGUGGUAUAUCUUUGGAUAUACGGCCUCUAGGCGCGCUCAUAGAUAUGUACCACGCACACGAGGCCACCGAGCGCCAUGACAAAAUCUUUGCCUUACUGGGAAUGAGCUCUGAUAAUCCGACUACCUCAGGGUUAUUGCCCAACUAUAAAACACCAUGGAAUGAACUUAUGGCACAGCUUGUCACGUUUAUACUAGGCGAACGGGUAUUUGUCAAAUCAUGGAUUAAACAGCAGGCAGCUGUCAUAUUUGCGAAAGGAUGUGUUAUUGGCGUCGUGUCUCCUGUUCAAAUAGUACAUGACGAUUCUCGUGGAGAUAGGCAACACAUCAACAUUAAGAGAAUGGACACCCCUGGACCAUCAUGGACCGUUCAAGUCGCGGGGAAACCCAUCGAGGUCGGCGAUCUCUUUUGUCACCUACUUGGAGCUGCAAAACCCAUGGUCAUUAGGCCACAUGAUGAUUAUUUCUCAAUCAUUAUGAUAGAGUUUACUCCUCCCAAGGUUGACGGAAUGGAGAAAAUGGAUUUUGAGCAGUUAGAAGAGCCGGAAAGCUCUUCUGUGCAUGACUUCCUGCUUGUAUGGGAUUGGAAUAGCCCUCAU